ACCAUUCACCAAAUAUGGAAACAAAGCUCUAUGAAGCAUCAUUAACAGGCAAUGUUCAAGCACUCAAUGCACUUCUCCAUCAAGAUCAACUCAUCCUUGACAGACUCUCACUAACCGGAUUCAAUGAAUCCCCCCUCCACAUCGCUGCCAUGCGCGGCCACCACCAGUUCGCCCUCCUACUUCUGACCCAAAAGCCAAAGCUUGCGGUAGCCUUGGAUUCCCAAAGGCGAACCCCGCUCCACCUGGCCUCUGCCAACGGUUACCUAGAGAUGGUCCAGGAACUUGUACGCGUAGGGGGGCGCGACGUGUGUUGUUUUCGGGAUCAAGAUGGCUUCACCCCUCUUCAUUUGGCAGCUAUGAAUGAACAUCUGGAAGUAGUUAAGGCACUGGUUCAGGCAAACCCGGACGCGGCUAAGGAAAUUACAGAAACUGGAGAGACCAUUUUGCAUGUGUGUGUUAGUUAUAACCGUAUGGAGUCAUUGAAAGUGUUGAUGGUAUUGUGGAAUGAAGAAGAGUUGGCAAAGAUCACAGAUCAUAGUGGAAACACCCUUUUGCAUGCUGCUGCUAUCAAUAAACAGACACGGAUUCUAAAUUUUUUGCUCAGGAUACAAAGCAUCAAAGAUAAUGGAAAUGUGGUAAACAAACAUGGAUUAACCGCACUAGACGUUUUGGAUCAAUGUCCCCGAGAUGUCAAAUCGCUAGAAACGCGACAAGUUCUAAUGGAAGCAGGUGUUUUGAGAGCAAAUGACCUUAGACCAUCUAUCCCCAAACAAUUAACGAAAUCCUCACGCAACAAACGAAAAGGGUUCCUUUCAAGAACAUGGGCUCGGUAUGUGAACAAUGACCACCACUGGAUCGAAAAGCAACGUGGGAUUCUAAUAGUUGCUGCUUUAGUGGUGGCGGCGAUGUCAUUCUACUCGGGGAUCAACCCUCCAAGCAAGGUUCUUCCAAACAACACAAAUGGUCGAUUUUCGUAUCAAUCAGAGAUGGAUGAUUUCAAUCAAUUUAUUGUAAUUAAUUUGUUCACUAUGAUAACUUCAUUGGCCAUAGUCCUUGUGUUGAUUAGUGGAUUACCAUUGAGCAACAAGUUCUUGAUAUGGUUGCUCACUGUUGGUACCCUUUUCAUUAUGGUGACCAUGGUGGCAAAUUAUUGGGAUUCACUGAGUAAUUUCGGACCAGAUGGGUAUGUGGACUUGACGGUUGUUUGGACUUGUUUGGUAAUGAUUCUCAUUUGCGGGGUGAUUGCGUUGAUUCAUACCAUCUUUUUCGUGACUUGGGUGGUGAUAAAGUUGUUAAAGUGCGGCAUGCCUGAGACACACAGAAAAGGGAACCAGGAUGAUGCAGGUGAAGUUUGAUGUUGUUGUAUAGUUUGUCAUGAGUUUGAUCAUCAAAGUGCAUUUUAUGUGUUUAGUGUUUUUGUAUAAUCAAUGUAAUUUAUGUGUUUAACAUUUGUAUAUUUGAUGUAAUUUGUUUCUUUCAACAUAGCCUUUGUUUUUUUUUUCUUGCA